AUGAUCAUUAUUGCUAUUGUGUUAACGACUGUCUAUUCGGGGAUUAUUAUCGGCGACCAAAACCUGACAACGAUUGCGACCGCAUUUCACCGUCAGUUAGAAUCGGAACACAUUUUUGAAGUUUAUAAUAAACUGUCGGCAAACUUGUUGGUUAUGUUAAGUAUCAUUAACGAUUUGGCGUCACUUUUUCGCAAUAUGGGUGGUAUCGCACACACCAUACAUACCAUACGAGCGCUCGUAACCGGCAAACGCCGACCGGAAUAAGUGGUCGCUUCAAAAG